AUUUUUAUAUCACAUGUCAUCCACGUCAUCAAAAUUGGGUGACUGAGCAGUGACAUGGCAGGUUGACUGUUAGUCAACGACUUUGACCAUCAAACAUAAUGGUCAACACUAGCCUCACGCCAAUUGAUUAAUUUUUAGUGAUAGUUUAGGCCAUAAUAUUAUAGAUAGGAAUGAUUGGUCAAAAUGUUAAAUAUGUGAAAAAUUCAGACUAGACAAAUAUAUUAAAAAGAAAAAAAAGAAUGAAACCCACAUAAUUCAAAGCAAUAACUUGAAGAUGAAGAACUCUAAGACAUUAGUAGUGUUGUAAAUGAGUCGAGUUGUUCACGAGAGGUUGGCAUUCGGUUUGAAACUAGAUUCUUCUACUGACGAAGCGAGGUUGAGCUAAGUAUUGUUGAACUCGGGAGCGAGCUCGGCUCACUGAUUUGUUGAACCUAACUCGUGAACUGGCUCGUUUAAAGCUCACAAUAUCUUCAAUAUUAUGGCUAGUGAGCCGAUUCGACUACCAACUUAUGACAAAACAAUCUAUAUCUAAUGAAUUGGGUUGUCAAUAAUUCAAAAGAUUUGUUAAUUUUUAUAUAUCACCCUAUAAUAACGAGUCGUUGAUGCCAUAUUGCACCACAUUUCUCUAAGCUUUUACGGGGAAAUGAAAAUCUUGUUCAUAUGUUUUAAGUCGAGUGACCAUUAUACUACAAACUACAUUCUUUAGUGACCAUUUAGCAAAUUAAGCCAUUAGGGGGGAACCCAAACGAUUGCACUAUUUAAAUCGGAUCCCACAUAAUUUCCUCUUGAAUCUCUGAUUCAUUUCACUUUCCUCCUAUCCCGAACCUCGCCGGACAACCGACCGACCUCCAAUUCCGAUCGACAUGAGAGACACGAUGAUCUACGUCUCCACCGCCAAGCUCGCGAAGCUCACCGUCAUCGACGAGGCGGAAAAGCCUACCCUCUCGUCGAUCCCUGCCGCCGCCGCUGCUGACACUUCUUUCUCCACUCCGGAGGCUAAGGAGCACCAGAUCCCGAAGCCGAUCACCUGUCCUCCAGCGCCGCUCAGACCUCCAUCGAAGCGCAAGCUCUCCCGAUCCGCAAUUCUCAAGGCGACCAGAAAGUUCCGGGCGGCGAGAGAGUUCUUCCUUUCGCCGGAGAUCGAAGCCGCGCUCGUUGACCACCUCUUCGCCGCUGAGACCGCCCGCCGCACUCCCAAGCGCGAUCUCCGGACUCCGAAGUACUUCCGUUAGCGAGCGGCGCCGUGGGUUGUCCUGUAAUUAGGGAUUUCGCUUGUGAAUUGUUUCGAAUUAGGGAUUUUCCGUUGCCAGCGUUUGUCUCGAUUUGGGUAAUUAGGGCUUUCGUUAUCAACAAAGCAUCGAUUGUAAUUUUUGGGAAGAAAAAAUUUUUGGGAAGAAAAAUGUAAAGGAUGG